CUAGCAGCAAGUUUGAUUGAAGUGUGAUGAAGCAGGAGGAGGGGGUUUUGUGCAUAGAGGAAGAUGGAAGUUGUGCCGAGUUAGUGUCUUGUCUGAACCGUUUUGUUUCCUCUUUCGUAAUUGUUAAAGGUUGAGCCUUGACAACAUGGAGCAGCCGGCGCCCAAGAGUAAGCUUAAAAAGCUGAGUGAAGACAGCUUGACUAAACAGCCAGAAGAGGUCUUUGAUGUUUUAGAAAAGCUUGGCGAAGGCUCUUAUGGCAGCGUAUUUAAAGCUAUUCAUAAAGAAUCUGGACAGGUCGUUGCAAUCAAACAAGUUCCAGUCGAAUCAGAUCUGCAGGAAAUUAUCAAAGAAAUUUCAAUAAUGCAGCAAUGUGACAGCCACUAUGUAGUCAAGUAUUAUGGCAGCUAUUUUAAGAACACUGACCUGUGGAUAGUAAUGGAAUACUGCGGGGCAGGAUCAGUCUCAGACAUUAUUCGAUUACGGAAUAAAACUCUAACAGAAGAAGAAAUUGCAACUAUCCUCAAAUCCACAUUAAAAGGUCUGGAAUAUCUCCAUUUUAUGAGAAAAAUCCACAGAGAUAUUAAAGCUGGAAAUAUCCUCCUGAACACUGAAGGUCAUGCAAAACUAGCAGAUUUUGGAGUGGCAGGCCAACUAACGGAUACAAUGGCUAAGCGUAAUACUGUGAUAGGAACUCCUUUUUGGAUGGCUCCUGAAGUUAUACAAGAAAUUGGAUAUAAUUGUGUAGCAGAUAUCUGGUCAUUGGGCAUAACCUCUAUAGAAAUGGCAGAAGGAAAGCCUCCCUAUGCAGAUAUUCAUCCAAUGAGGGCAAUCUUCAUGAUUCCAACAAAUCCUCCACCAACCUUCAGAAAGCCGGAACUUUGGUCAGAUGAAUUCACAGACUUUGUAAAGAAAUGUCUGGUAAAGAAUCCUGAGCAGAGAGCCACUGCCACACAGCUAUUACAGCACACUUUUAUUAAAAAUGCUAAACCUGUGUCAAUAUUGAGAGACCUUAUCACAGACGCAAUGGAUAUAAAAGCAAAAAGACACGAAGAACAGCAGCGGGAACUUGAAGAAGAAGAUGAAAACUCGGAAGAGGAUGAACUUGACUCCCACACAAUGGUCAAGACCAGCUCUGAGAGUGUGGGAACCAUGAGAGCAGCCAGCACAAUGAGUGAAGGUGCUCAGACUAUGAUUGAACAUAAUAGCACCAUGCUGGAGUCAGAUUUGGGGACAAUGGUAAUUAACAGUGAUGAGGAAGAAGAUGAGGAGGAAGAAGAUGGAACCAUGAAAAGAAACGCUACAUCUCCACAAGUAUCACGACCAUCUUUCAUGGAUUACUUUGACAAACAAGAUUCCAAAAAUAAACCUCAUGAAAACUGCAACCAGAAUGUGCACGAACAGUUCCACAUAUCCAAAAAUGUUUUUCCUGACAACUGGAAGGUCCCGCCAGAUGGAGAUUUUGAUUUUCUAAAGAACCUUAGCUUUGAAGAGCUACAGAUGAGAUUGAAAGCACUGGAUCCCAUGAUGGAACGAGAGAUAGAAGAACUUCGUCAGCGAUACACCGCAAAAAGGCAACCUAUAUUGGAUGCGAUGGAUGCAAAAAAACGAAGGCAACAGAACUUCUGAUGAUUGGUUGCUUUCCAUAAGGAGCCUUUUAUGAAACUUGACACAUGCAAUUUAUAGCAACUCCAGAAAAAAAAGACUGUGGUUAUACCAGACCUAUAUUAAUUUACAUGUUUUUUUUUCCCUCAGUGAGACAGCAGUUGAGAACUUUUGUAGAUUUCUACAUAAAUUACAUGUUGAAAUGCAGGAUGGCCUCUGUUUGAGAUAGCUGUGUCUUUCCUUCUCUCAGUAAACAACAUUACUAUAUAUACUGGGUCGUAAAUUGCAUUGUGUUUUUGAAAACAAAAGUAUUUUAACCCUUUCUAAGCUAUGCAUUCAACCAUGUUCCUAACAGUGAGGUUUAAGAACUCCAUCCAUUAGCAACAUGAAAUUUUGGAAGGGAGUGAAAUGUUACAGACUGAUACGUGUAUAAGUUAUAUAAGAAAUAUCAUUUAGAACAAAACCAUUUCUAAGCAAGAUAGCCAUUUAUGCAUUAAAGGGACAUAAUACUCAUAUGCUAAAUCACUUGAAACUGAUGCAGUAUAACUGUAAAAAGCU